AUGAGAAGCAUUUCUCCCUCGAUUAUCGACAUCCGUCGUACGCGACAUGAGAACACGAUUCCUAAUAUGGUUAUCGAGGGACUCACUCAAACACCAAAAACCUUUCCGGCGCUUCUAUUCUACAGCAGCGAAGGCAUCGAGCACUGGAUCAACCACUCUCAUGCCGCAGACUUCUACCCCCGGGCCGAGGAGCUGCGCAUUCUUGAGGCCGAAGCUGCUAGUAUUGCAGCGUCGAUCGCAAGCCACAGUGUAGUUGUUGAUCUUGGCAGCGCGAGCGCGGAAAAGAUUGUUCACAUUCUCAAGGCCGUGGAGGCGCAGCAAAAGCACAUUCAGUUCUAUGCUCUAGACCUGAGUGACUCGGCGUUGCUCUCAACAAUCCAGGAAAUCCAACCGGAGCAGUUCCACUAUGUCCAGAUCGCAGCCCUUUACGGCACAUUCGAUGACGGCUUCCAUUGGCUACAGAAUGCUCCCCAGGCGCGGGGACAUCCUCAUUGUCUUCUCAUGCUCGGCCUAACAAUCGGCAACUACUCUAGGGCCAAUGCCGCCAAAUUCAUCCGCACAAUGGCCCGGGAGGGACUAGCUGCUUCGUGUAAGCAAAGCUCUAUCAUCCUUACCAUCGACAGCUGCAAGGAUGAAAACAAGGUCCUUCGUGCAUACCGCGCGGAUGGCGUUGUUCCCUUUGCGAUGGCUUCACUUCCGUACGCGAACCGCCUCUUUGGUUGCCAGGAGAAAAGGGUGUUUCGUGAAGAAGACUGGGAGUUUGACAGCUUCUGGAAUCGAAGUCUCGGAAGGCAUGAAGCCUCGUUGGUCAUGCGGUCCUCUGAUACGAAGCUGGGUAGUCCGCUUGAUAUGAUAUCAAUGAAGAAGGGCGAGAAAGUACGUUUCGGAUGUAGUCACAAGUAUGACAAGCGGGAGCGCGAGGAACUCAUACAAUCUGCCGGUCUCAAAGAGGUGACCAGUUGGUCUAGUAGUGGGUGCGACGUCGGGUUCUAUCAACUAAAGCUAGCAUGA